ACUAUCAUAGAAACUGAACUUGGUAAUUACAAUCCGGCUUAACUGCAGUCUAGGGGGAACCAUAUCCGGGUGACCUCUUUAACCUGAAUACAACAGUUUACUUGCUUUGUUAGUUUGAUAGUUUAGACUUGCAUGCCAGUUUCAUUGCUAGAUAACAAGAAUUCACUGAGUAGUCAUCACAUCUAGGACCCGGGUUGAUAAUUAAACCCAAACCCGCUAUACUACGCUUUAGGAAGUGGUUUCACUUGGCCAAUUCCUGGAGUGACAGUAGAGUCGAGUAAAGUUUUUGGCGCCGUUGCCGGGGACGGCUAGGUUGUUGAAGAAAAGUGAUUUCUGUUAAUUUAGCUUUUCUUUUUGCUUUGUUUUCUUUGUCCCACUUGUGCCUUCACGGGUUUGUUGCUUGAGUGUGUGCAGGUAGUGCAUGACCCGUAGCCAGUCGGGAGGUUUACUGCCGUUGAAUCCAGAGAUUGACCGCACCUGUCGCCAGCUCAGGAGACAACAGCGAGCUAGACUGGCUACGGAAGAGCGCAUAGACGGCCACCUGAGCAGCGAUUCUGAAGAAGAUCACAGGAUGGACGGAGACUACAACCAACACCAGGGGAAUCCACAGCAGGUUCCCCCGGUGAAUCAGGUCCUGGGGAACAACCCCAUACCCCAGGACCAUGGAGUUCAUCAUCCACCGCAGCCGGGUCCCACCUUGGAGUACUACUACACUCCUCGGAUUGCUGACAUCCGCCCGGUCAUCCUCUACCCGCCGAUCCCAGCAAACAACUUCGAGAUCAAGCCAUGCUGGAUUCAGCUCAUCACAUCCUCGAUCCAGUUUCAUGGCUUGAAGGAUGAGGAGGUGACACGCCAAAACACAACACCAAUCUGCGACCAAGUGUAAUCGCAGACCGGGAAUGCAGUAACAGGCAAGUUAUAUUAUCAACCCGGGCUCUAGAUCUACUGCUUACUCAGUGAUUCUCUGUUAUCUAGGCAACUAGAGUAAGUGAUUGUUGUUUAAACUAAAAGCAGAAAUAAAGCAGGAAAUUAUUCGGUUUUCUUAAGCAGGAAAGAGUCACUCGGGAAUGAAUCCCCCUAGCUCUUUAGUUAGGUUUCAAUUGCAAUUUACCCUGGGUUGAUUUACUGUUGAUUAGACUGCGGAAGAUCCGACAGUAGCUUGGAAUCUCUUAAGCUGACCAAGCCCUCUCAGUCUAACUACCCGGCAGACGACUAGUCUUCACCGGGAUAGAAAGCUGAGGCUAUGAACACAGAACUCCACUACUGGCGCCAAGAACACCAGUACAAAGCAGUAAACUGGCUAACUCUCGUAUAGCCAACCUCCUACUAUCGAAUGAAGAGGCUCUAACAACCUAAUCAGAUUCUAUCUAUCUCAGGUUGAAGCAGAAAUUGAGACAAGCUGAUCAGACUCAAAUCAAUUCAUGAAACAUGCAUCAUUCGAUUAAAAUCAAACAGUAGUAUCAUCCCAAGUCAUUACAAUCAAUCCCCUAACACAUAGAACUAGGGUUCUUCAUCCCCAAGUGAGAGAGAGGUUCUACUCCAUAGAGAGAGAAGAGAAAACAAGAAUCGGAUUAGUCAUACUCAUAACGAUGAGGAUAAUCUGCUCCGGGACGAUGAUUUUCACUCCUAUGAUGAUCUCCAGGCUCGAUUCGAUGAAAUCCAGCUCUAAGACAGCUUCUAGGAUGUGUUCUUCGUACUUUCUCUCUCUAGGGCUCUGUUUUUGCUCUGAAAACACUGUUCUCUCACUUCUGGCUCGGAUUAGGCUUUAAAACCGGGUUUUCCCGAGUUGCACGGCCAGGGUGCACGGCCGUGCACCUCACCAUUCUGGCCGUGCACCAUGAAACGCAGCGUAUCCCUUAAUUGAACUCAGGCUUCUUGCACGGCCAGGUGCACGGCCGUGCAAUCUUCAGGGCCUGCCCGUGCAGUUCCUCGGCAUGAGGCGCACGGCCAGCUUGCAACCAUGCACGGCCGUGCAGCCCCUCUGGUCUGCCCGUGCAGCUCCCAAAAACCGCGCCAUUCGUCCGUUCUUCGUCCAAUCGACCCCAGACUCGCUCCUAAGCCUUCAUUCACGUACUAGGACCUGAAAUAUGACAAACAAGCACAACCUAGCGUGAAAUCGGCCUAAAACACGAGAAAUCACAUCUCAAACGGUGUAAGAACAGGGGUAAAAACAUGUGUAAAUAACGGUCUAUCAAACUCCCCCACACUUAACCGUUUGCUUGUCCCCAAGCAAACCAAGUCAGACACUAGGUAAGCUUACAUAUUUCAAUCAACCAACAUUGGGGACAAGUCAUAAAGGCACAGAACACGU